AUGACACGAGCCAAGAGGACCGGCCCCGUAUUCAGUAUUUUAUGGGUCCUAUACUCUCAAUUAAUUUUCUACCACAUUAUUUUCUCGGUUUUUUGCUUGAACGCCCCAUAGAUGUUAGGCGAAAGUCGAUUUGUAUUUUGUUUUGAUUUCAUUCAUUCACGAUCUGUGGAGUUGUGCGUUCACUGUUAGCUUAUUACGCUGCCCCGUGAUUUACGAAAGGUUUUCUCGUUAUUCAGAUCAACGAUUUAAUAACAAAUAGAAUUUAAAUUUAAACAAUCAGCGUUUAAACAGUGAGUACUUAUAAUUUUUUACUCGUUUUGAAAAAAAAUCACUAAGUACCAAAAGUACCUAUUCCAAUUUUUUUUUUAAAUAAAAUAUUUGUUUAGUCCUUUUUUUUACUAUUUAGGUAUCUCACAAAUAACAUUGUUAGGGUCGUCUAUAUAUUUUUACAAUAUUAACAUUUGGCAUUAUUAGGUAUUUUUAAUAAAUCAUAUUCCAAACACAUUCUAUAUAUCAUAAUCAUUAUCUAACGCCGUUUGCGAUUAAUUCCCGCUUUGUGAAUGAUUAGUAUUCAUUCAUUUUUUUAUAGGCUCACUUGUGAAAAAACCGGUUUCCGUUUGUUCAUAAAGGGGCAUAAAAAACCGCUGAUACGGUUUCCCGUUAUGUUCUGUUGGGGUAUGAAGAGGAGGCUACCUAAAAUUGUGUUAGUGUGUUAAUGUAAUUGCAAACAUUGUGUGAUUGUGAGUGUGACUAUAUGUUUAUAAUAUGUAGUCAUAUAGAACGUCAUGAGUGUGCAUUGUGCAGUAUCAUUGUGAAAAAUAGAUAAUACCUAAUAUUCUUUUAUUGUUAUAUAUUUUCAAAUUUAUUUGCAGGUGUUGUCGAGUGUUUUUAAUUAGAUCAGUCACCAAAGCAAACAUGUCCGGGGAAAAGAAAGCUUUUAGGCGCUUACCAAAAUCUGUAAAGCCUAUAUUAUAUGAUUUAUAUUUGAAACCCGAUUUGGAAAAAUUCACAUUUGAAGGCAAAGAAACUGUGUCUAUUAAUGUGAGUACCAUAUUACCUAUUGUAUUGUAUUUACUUCUUUUUUUUCAUGCAUAUAUUGUAGCUUUACAUUUAUUGUUUAAAUGCUAUUAGUUAUAAUCAAGUUACUUUCCCUUAAACCCUUCAAUAAUAUCCUCAAACUCCAUUCUCUUCUCAAUACCAACUCCGAAUACGUUAUUAAUAUUAUUAUUAUGUCUUUUAUCAUGAAGUCUGGUUUUAUAAUCUAGUCUUAAAACAAUUUAAAUUCUAUAUAUAUUAUGUAUUGUAAAUUUUAAUUGUUUUAGUAGUUUUGACUAAUACCCGAUAAAAAAAAAAAUCCAGUUACUUUAUUAAGUAAUGGUACUUAUCAGAUUAAAGCAAAUAUUAACGGUAAUAGUUUUUUUCACAAAUGAUUGUAUUUUGAAUAAGAUUUUUAAUAGAUUACUUGGUAGGUAGGUACUUCUAAAAAAUGUAAUCUUAUAUCAAAACUAAAUAUCUAUUUAUACAAGUAUCAAAUAUUUAUUUAGAACAUAAGUUUUUUUGAUUGAACAAUCUUGUAUUGUCAGUAAACAUGAGUAAAGUUCAUAAUUUUUAUGUAAAAAAAUAAUAAUUUAUUAUUACAUACAUUUUUUGGUUGAAAAAAUAAAUUGAUUUUAUAUAAAUAAUGUUAUAUUUGAAACAAAAUAAGAAAGUUAGAGUACCAGGGUAGAGUAUUAUUAUUUGGUAAAACCACUAAAACUGAAAAAUAAAUACAAGCUAGAUAUUACCUCUCAGAUAAACACGAAUAGACUUAAUUUUCAAAUAUUUUUAGUAUUGUGUUUUAUAGUAAGUACCUAUCUUUCUGGAAGAUACUAUGCUGGUUAGUGAGGCAUCAAUUUUUUGAAUCUAAAUACCUUUUUUAUUAUGUCAUACUAGCAUAGAUAUUAUAUAUCUUAACAUUAACUAUACACUAUUUACUCCAUAAUAAUGAUAAUACUGGCAGUGUAUAUGAAUCUGGAAAUUAUUUGAUUGGAACUGCAUUUUUCAGUAAAAUCUUGAAUCGUAUUAAUUGAAAAUAAUUGUUGGUUUUUAAAAUAUGUUACUUCAUAUAGUAUCUAGUACAUUUUCAAAUCACAUUUUUUUUACCUGUGAUCUAACUACAAUAUUUAUUCAUAAUAAAUUUAUCUGGAUUUUUUCAUUUGAAAUUUUGAUAUAAGCCUGCAAAGCAAGUGAGUGGUUGCUAAAAGCAUGCUAACGAAGUAAUUGAAUACUUGUUAAAGAUAGAAAGUAUUAAACUUUUAAAUACAUUUUUCUGCUUUAAUAUUCCUGGUUCUACCUUCUAAGAUUUUACUUUUUGGACUUUUACAGCUUUUACAUUUUUAUAUUUCCUAAAUGUAUGUACAGGGAAUUGCACAAUAUUUAGAGAUAAAUAAAUAUUAGUUCACAUUAUACCAAUAAUACAUUUAUUGUAAAUAUUCUGGAAAUUUAAAUUUCUUUAAACACUACAUAUAAUGCAGAUUAAUUAUUGAUUAUUCAUCUAGUUGGCACAUUCCACAAAUAAUUAACUCUAAAUUUAAACUGUAAAAUAGAGUUUUUUUUAAGAAAAUAGAGGAUUAAAUGCAUAUUUGAAGGUUUUUAGUGUAUAUAGAUCAAACCCUAGGUAUUUAUUAUUAAAAUAAAGUUGUAUACAAAAGAAAUUCUUUGUGUAUUUUAAACAUCAACAAAAAGACAAUAGGUCAUUGUGAAUCAUGUUUUUGUUUGUAAUAAUAUUUUUGUCUAACCUUGUAAAUAUGGGUGCAUACUUGUUGGUUCUCAAGAUUAAGCAGAUAAUAAUUUUGUAUGUAUAAAUUUGUUCCUUGUCUUCAGAAUUACUACCCUAUGGACCCUAAUCAAAUCAUAACAUGUAUCAUAGCCAAAUAGGUUUAUUACUAAUAGUCUACCAAUUAUUGCAAGUGCCAAUAUAGUAGGUAAAUCAAUUUAAAAGUGGCACCCAAAAUUAUUAACAGUAAUCUUAAAUUAAAUAUCUAAACAAUUGGCAGCUAAAAAUAAUUUUCAUAAUCAAAGUAUAGCAAAAUAGCUAUUAUUUUUACCAAGGUUUUUUUUUUGAGAAUAAUAUUAUCACAUUUUUGUUGAGUAAAAUAAUUGGAUUAUUCACCUUGGAUCAACCUGAUCUUAAGUCAUCGGAGUGGUCUGGUCCUCCAGGUUGGGGGUUUAGUGCAGGGCUAACGCCCCUGCCUAGUAAAUAAUCUUCUGUUCAGUAUCUAAUAAACAUAAAAAUGCCUCGGAUAAGUGGAGCUUUGGUGUAUACUUGUAUAUAGGUAUUUGUUUGUGUAUUUUUUGUGGCCCAAAAUGUUUUGCUACUGGUUUUUUUUUGGUACCUAGGUGUUAUAUAUUCAAAUUUUGAUUUAAAUCGAAAAAAUCACAGAAUUUAGCAUACUUUUUUUUAGUUAAUGUAAAUUACAUUGUUUUGGCUCCGUACAAAGUGUCAAAAAUUUGACACUAGUUCAACUUCCGUUGUACUUAAUAGUAUAAAAGAGUUUCAAGUUCAAAUUUUGACAAACAUUUUAAAAAUCACUAGAAAUACAAUUUUCUAAUGUAGGAAUGUGGAAAAUGUUCAUAGUUCUACAAAAAUUUUAAUUAAUUUGAGUUGAAAAACUAGGACAAUUGUAAUUUAUUUUGUAAGCUCAUAAUCAUUUUUCUUUAGCAAUGAUUUAUCAUUGUGUAUAGAUAUAAACUAAAUUUGCAUGUAUUCCUAACUUCCCUCUAACAACAGUGACGCACCCAUAGUCUGGACUGUGAAGUAUAUCUAUUUAAUCUUAAUAAUAACUUGUUUUUAAAUAUCAUAACCAGAUUUUUUUAGAUAUGGUAUAAUUUAGAAACUAUUUGUUUUGUUAUUUUAUUUAUUGAAAGAUAUUUUUAAUUACCUAGAUUUUAAAGUUUUUUUUUUUGAUAUAUGUGCAUAAAAUUUUGGUUUACCAAAAAGUUAAAAAAUUGCCAAAUAUUUAUCUCUUCAUUGCAGGUGUAACAGCUUUAUAUAGGUACUAUAAACACAAUAGUAUGAUAAUUUAUAUUUAAAAAAAAUUGGGUACUUAUCUAUUAAUUUUGAUUAUAACAUGACGUGAUGUAUAUUUGGUUUUUAUACUCGUGUUCAAUGUCCACAGUUCGAUGUAUUUAAUUAACUACUCAACUACAAUCAUAUACAAUAUGUUUUAGUAACCUAUAUAUACACAAAUAUAAUAUAUUAUGAUCUAGUGUAAUAAUGAAACUAAAGUAUGCUAAAUGCUCAUGAAUCAUGAUACUCUACAAUUGUGUAUACAUUUUAUUCACUAAUUUCCAAAAUUAAUUUACUUGGUAAUAUACUAUCGUUAUAUUACUUAAUUUGUAUACUUAUAGGUAUUAUUCAUUAAUGUAAUUAAGUAUUCUUAAUUCAUAUAAAAUAUAAUUUAAGUACCUAAAGCAGCUUAAUACUUUUUUAGUAAAUUGAAAUAGGAACAUAUUUUUAAUAUUAUUCAAUGUUUAAAAACUUUAUAUUAAACAUGAUACAGUGGAUUAAUAUUGUAGAUAACGGUUGGCAUGCCAUAGGUUUCCUAUGUGAUUUUUGACUUCAUUACAUGGAAUUUCAUACAGAAUGUAUGUAGGUAUAAACAAAAUAAACUCUUUUCAUAGCCCAAAAUUUUUGGUUUUAAAAUGAGCAGUCAAAAAAUGAUUAUAAAUCUGUACAAAUUUGUAUUAAUAGAUAAUAAAUUAAACAAAAAUCCUUUAUUGUAAAAUGUUUUUACAUAGUAAUUAUUACAAUAUUUUGUUGGAAAUUUCAUUAGUAAUUACCAGGGUAAUUUUUUCUAAAAUAAAAAUCAAAAAUUACUGGUAAAUAGUAAAAGGUAUAUAUUAGUAUUUAUUAUUAGAUAUGUUAAUGUCAGUAAUCACACAUUUUAGAUGAUUGCCAUUAAAAUUCAAAAUAAUAUAAUCAUUAUCCUGUGCUGAGGUAAACAAAGAAAAACAAGUGGCUAACACUAGAAUCAUUGCCCCACUUUAGAAUAUACAGUUAUAUUUUAAACUGGUUUUUUUUAUUUGAUAGGCCUACCUAUAUUAUACCUAAGGAGAAAGAUAACCGGUUCUUUUACGAAAUCUAUAUAAUGACUGACUAUUGUUUUGAAAAAAUGUCCGAUACUAUUAGUUCUUUUAUAAAGAUUAAGGUUGUUUAGUAAUGAAUCAAGUUGUAACUUAGCAAAAAAAUAUUGUUUUAGAUUCAGAGCGUAGCAAGGAAUGUAUUGGUUUUACUAUGUGUAAGAUAUAUUUUUUCUAUCUGUAAACAACUUUUCUACCAAAAAUCUUGCUCUAAUCAAAAGUCGACAAGAGUAUUUUGCAUCCACUUGGUGCAUUGUGGUAAGUAUUUUUUGUGUUGUAGUUUUCAUAAAAAUUGAGAAAAUACCUAGGAAAAACAACACUGAUAGUUUCAUUAUUUUCAAUAACGUUUUCUUGUUAAAAAAAAAAAUUACGUGUACAGAUAUUUGAUUGGUUCCCAGUUUUUUUUUUUUUUACAAAUUUAUCUAAUCUAUUCUAUUAAUAUUAUUAAUGUAUCAUAUAAUUUGAAUAAUGAGUAAACAAUAGAAAAUUUUGAAUAUAGUACGAGAUUAAUAGAUUCCUAGUUAUCGCUCUAUAACUGAAACAACUGGCAUUCAAUUGUAUGGGAUGAGAUGCAUGGCCAGUUCUACUUUGCUAUAAUGAGUAUGUUAUUAUUAUAGUAUAUUAUUUUUAUAACGAUUUGGUUAUGAGGUCAUGUGGAAGAUAUCACCUAAUGGCUUUAGAUUCUAUUAGGGGUGACUGUAUGUUUUUUUUUUCGUCGAUAUUUCGAUAUGAUAUUUUAUACCGGUAUGAGUCGAUAUUUUCGUUGUUUCGGUAUUAUCGGUAAAAAUGUAUUAAUUUUUUAUGUUUUUAACUGUUUUAAUUUCUUGUUUUCUUGAUUAAUAUUAAUUAAAAGAUAAUGUUGAACAUAAUUCUAGUUUUUAUUUAAUAAAUGGUCUAUGUUCGAUAUUUUUGAGCAAGAUUUCUAAGAGAAAAAGUAUUUACAACAUAAAAUAAUAAAUAAACAUCAUUGUAAAACCAAUACAUUCCUCGCUACGCUUUGAAUUUAAAAUGCUAUUUGAUUGAAUCAAGUUUAAAAAGAUAACUGUACUAUUUAUUGGCAUGCGAUAUUUGGUUGACACUUAAAGAAUUUCUUAAAAUCUAAGUAAAUGAUAUGGAAAUAUUAGAAUCAUUUUAAAUUUAAUCCAAAAUUAAUUUAUUAACUUGCGUAUACAUUGUGUAUGCAUAAAUAAAUAAAUAAAUAAAUUUAGAGUACUACAUAGAUAAAAAUAUGAGUUUUUCAGCGUGCUCUAUUCAUAAUAAACUUCCCUGUAUCAGUAUCGAUUUAGCUAUAAUAUUUAAUAUUCUCGAUGGGAAUUUUGUACAAUUUAAAAAUAGAUUAAUUAAUAAUUGAUUAUGCCUCAUUGUAUUUAUAAUAUACUUGAUAUUAUUAUUAUGUUCAAUGUACAGUACGGUAUACCGGUAAAACCGUCAACUCUAUAUUCUAUAUUUGGAUAUCUUUCUAUAUCAAACUAUAGCUGGUUUUGACGUAACAAAUUAUGAUUUUCGGAAGCAGACGCUUCUGAAUUUUAUAGGGUGGGUAGGUGUUUUUUUAUAAAAUUUGAAUUAUUGGAGGGAUAUUAAACGUAUAUUUUACAUAACGAGGCGUUCCAGUUUAACUAUUUACAUUUUUUCAAACAAUGUUUUUUACCAGAAAUCUUGCUCCAAUUGAAAAAUAAAAAGAGAUCAAUUUUGUUCCUUUAAAUAUACAGGGUAAUUUUUUUUUCAUCAUGAACCAGCAAUUAUCUCAGGAUUUUAAGUGAAUUUAAUUUCUGUUUUUUCUUAUCACAAUGGAAUCGUUUAAACUUUAUUUUAAACCAUUUUUAAUUUUUUUCCCUUACUCCAUAUACCUUAUAUAAGUACAUACUUUUGGUUUUUAAAUAGGUAUAAUCAAACAGAAAAAUAAAAGAACCAAAUUUACUUAAAAAACUCCGAGAUAAUUGCUGGCUAAUGAUAAAAAAAUCAUCGUGUGUAAUCAUUGACGAAUAAAGUAGUUUUUUUUAUCUAAAUUAAUGUUUAAUUAAUUGGGAUAAACCAAAAAAAAAAACGAUUUUUUUUUUUUCAAAUUACGACACUAGGAUUCCUUUAUUUUAAAUUUAUACGGCUUGUUUUCUUCUAAAAAUAUUGCUCCAAAAGAAAACCAAGAAAAGAUAUUUUUCAUUGCAUUUUAAAUUUAGUUAGUGACUAAGAAAAUCUUUUUUUUAUAAUUGAACAAAACCAAAAAUACGUUGAAAAUUUCUGAAAAUAAUUCUUUUAAAGUUUUACAUUUUUUUAUUUCAACGCAAAGUGUCAAUUGGAGUAUUUUAACUCAUUAAAGAAUAUAGGAUUAUUUUUUUUUUUAGAUAUUUUUGAGCUAUUUUUAGACUAUAAUUUUUCGAGUUUUUUACGUAAUUUGUAUUUGAUAGAUACUAUGUGGAUACAUUAAUUGUAAACACCAAAUAAAAAAUGCUUGCCAAUUUGACAGGAGGUUCAUUAUAAUUCUUACUUCUUGAUAAAAAAGAAAAAUUAAGUAAUGUAGUUUUUUUUUUCAAAAGAAUUUUAAAUUCUAAUGUUGACAAAAAUCGUAAAUAUUUCGGCUUUUCAAAAAAUUGUGUAACUGAACUUUCGCUCUAAAUCGUUUUUGUUACAAAUGGUUUAUCGUUGGUUAAGUAUAGUUGUAAGUUAAAUAACUAUAUAUUUCAUCUUUUCAACUACCUACUUACAACAGUGGCCGCAGCCGUCUUCAGUAUCAGCUUUUUUAUUGUUAUUUUUUAAUGUAGUUCAAUUUUUUUUUUUUAUUCAUAUUUUAAACGUAUCACUUAUUAAUUUUUUUUGGAAAUGUAUACAUAUUUGAUAUUAAAGGUUUUCUUGAGCUAUUCAUUAUACACUUGCAGUAGCGUGACCAGAAAUUUACAAUGGGAGGGUAUUGUAAUGGUAUAUACAGUAUGUAACAAAUAAAAAUCGUGAAAAAGAGUAAAAUCGUCUGUUCUACUCAACUUGAACAUGGGAAUUAUUAAUUUAAAAGCCGCAUCCUAAAAAAAAGUCAAUUUCUAAUCAUACUUCAAGCUUUUUCUUGAAAAUCGGCCGAAAUUUAUGAGUUUUGAAUAUGUUGAUAUUAGAUUACUUAUAUUUUGUUGUGUUUUUAAGCCAAUGGGAGGAUAUAACCCCUAACCCCUCCCUCUGGGUACGCCACUGAUACACUUGUGUCGAUACCUAAUUUGCAUAAUACAAAAAAAUAUAAUACUCUUAUGUGAGUUAAUUAAGUAAACUAAAAUUUAAAACUGUUUUUACUUCGUAGAGUUUGGAUUAUUAUCACCGAGACAUCGUUUAUAUCACGAUUAUAUUAUUAUACAAUCGUGGCCUAUAUAUAUUAAUACAUAUCAUAUUAACAUAUGUACCUUGUAUUUUAAUUAAAAUGUGAAAAGCUGAAGGAUUGCAUUAUUGCAAUAAUAUAUUUUGGUAAUUUAUUAUUUUAUUAUUGACUGACGAAGUCAUAUCAACAAUAAAUAAUUUUUAGACAAUAUUAUCAUUAAUAUAACGUGAGUUUCUUCUUUUUUUUUUUUUGAUCGUAAUAGGAGGAAUAGAAUUUUGCGUUCACAUUCCUCAUAAAUACGAACUCUCCCGUUCUUCUUAUAUUUGAAAAGAAACGUGUUCCAGCUUCGUUUCUAUGAAAAAAACGCGUUCCUUCUUUUCAACACUGGCCUUGGAACACGAGAAUUCUUAUCUAAAUAUCCGAAAAGUGAGGUACUAGCACGAUUUUGUAAUUAGUCAUACCAAGUUGUCCAAUCGACUUUAACGUAAAUCGCAUGGUUAGCCGCAAAUUUGAAUUAUUUGUUUCAGUUUAAACUGAUAACACUCGCCUCUAAGGUACCCUUUUCUAAGGUAAACCUAUCUAUUUUAUAAUAUAAUUAACGAUCCGUAUACUAUAGAAAUUAAUUGUUUUAUAAAUAUAACUUAGCUAGGAUAACUAUUAAUUAUUUCUUUUUCUGUAAAUUAUUAAUUUCCAAAAAACAUAGAACCAAAAUACUCCUGGCUAAGUUAUACCUAUUUAAUUUAUUUUAUAUAAAAUUGUUUCAUAUAAUUUUUGUAAAAUUCAUAUAUUGUGCGAACAUCAAUUAUAGACAUGAUGAUAAUUUAAGGAAUAUAAUUUUAUGAAAUUACAUUGCACUAAUGUAUAAUCAAUUUGCAAGACCAUUUUUCAGUAAAUUCUUAUUUAGAAUUAUACAGUUAUUGAAAACCGGUUUUAUUAUUAAUAACACGCAUGUAGGAUAACAAACCCUAAUAUCCAUUUAUUUUAAGUCUCACACAUUGUGUGACACAUACAAACAAGAAAUUGCCUAUACUUGACUCCUAUGAAAUGGUCGGUAUCCAAUCUUCAUAAAAGUUUAUUAUCCUUAGUAGGUAUUGAAAAUAGAAUAACUCAGAAACUUUUCGUGAAAAUUCCGAUUUCAAUAUGUUUGGACAACUCUUCUUUUCCGUAUUAAUAGAAAAAUUGUAAAAUUACCAAUAUUGUACUGCACACUAAGGCUAAGCGCAUACGGUGCAACUGUUUUGUGACAAAACUUGAAAAUCAGUUAAGUUUAAAACCAGUAUGAAACUUUUAUCCGCAUACGAACAGGAUUGAUUUUGGAUCAGUUGGUGUCAAUCUAUUUGAGCAGUGCAGUUGGUGUUUUGGUAUUUUGUAAUGUCGCAUUCAGAUUAAUAGCGUUUUCUACCUAAUCUCACAGUGUAACAACUGGUAGGUACCGUAUGAGUUUCGCGAGUGUUUGCUGUCAGUGCAGUUAAAUCAGUACUUUGUUAGAACACAAAACAUCGGUAUCUACCGAAAACUAUUAUUGUUUACUUCUUAUCAGAGUUAUGGUCUCAUGGAUAAUGACUGCUAAAAGUCUAAAGUAUAUUCACACUUUACACUAUUUUAAUUGUUGUAAACUAGUUAUUUAAUACUUGAUCAUGAAGACAACAACUCUAAAACCAUUUGUAAUUUACGAACUUUUUCUAUAUUGUUCACAAAUUACAAUUCAUAUUCCAUACUAUUCAGUAUACAAUAUUCAUUCCAAAAUAACGUAUACUAUCAGGUAUUAUAAAUAUUAUCUUAUCAAUAGAAAUCUUAAAACCGUGUCAAAUAUCUCGUGCGCCAGUUCUGCACUUAGUGCGAAAAUCUAGUUCCAAGGUCUGAGAUGAAACAGAAAAUCCGGGCCAGUGGAAAAUAAUUUUGGAGUUGGAACACUUUUUCUAUUUUCGAUGCGCACUAAGUUCAAUAUUUCAGAUAGGUGGAAAACGCUAUCGGAUGGAAAAGAUAUCAUUGAUUAUAAUCAAUACCAUAAGCUACGCAGGGUACAAAGGGAUCAUAGGAUUCAUCCAUAGGUACUUAGGAUAAAAUGCAAAGUUAAAGUUUUGUUCUUGGUCAUUGAUGGUCACAAAAAAUAACAAACAGAAUACGAAAAAGAUAACAAAUAGGUACACGUGCACAAUGUACUCUUAUAUACUCGUAGUUCAUGACUGCAACUUAUAAUUACAACGCAACUACGACCGCGGAAAACGAUUGCGUGCGACCGAUUUCAAACUGAUGCAAACUUAUCUCAUUUUGAUGGCCUUGUGUGCUGAUGCCGAAGCUAUACCCUGCAAGACCACGCAUGUGCAACUGAUUUGUGAUUUGCAACUUUUUUCGAAAAACAGUUGCACCUUGUGCACUUGGCCUAAGAAGAACUUUAUCGGUUUAGUAUUUGGUAUUAUUAUUUAUAAAAAUAAUUCGAUAAAAAAAAAAAAAUAAUAAUAAUUUAUGCAUUCAUAACGUUAGUUGUAGUUUUAUGUGAACUAACAAAUAAACACUAUGCCAUAAAAAAACUUAUGAAGAACCUUGUAUAAAAUUUCCAAACUUUUUGAGAAGCCAAAAUUAUUGUCUAAAUAAAAACUAAAUAAUUAACUGGUAUGAUACUAUGGUAUGAACCAUAAUAAAACUGACAAAUUUACGGCGUUACGAUUUCGUUAAUUUCAAUUUGUGCAGUUUGUUUUCUAACAGCGCUCCAAUAAAAAAAUGAUAAGAGAUUUUUUUGUUGAAUUUUUAAUCGAGUUGUCGACCUAGAAAUUUGUUUUUUAUUUUAUUUGUACUUUUUUAAAUACUUAAGCAAAACCUUAAACUACUUAUAAAAAAACAAGUAGAAACAACGGGAAAGUUUACGGAAAUAAUUAUUUUAUCCUUUUAAUUCGGUUUUUAAUGUAACGCAUGAUAUUUAAAACUCAUCUGUCUAAAUUUUUAUAAAUGUGACCUUUUUGUUCGGUAUUUAAAUAAUAUACCCGGACUUUGUCCACAUUUUUGUAAAUGUGCCUUUUUUCCGAACUUUAACCGUUUACCUCGAAUACCAUUGGUUUUAUCACUAAUAGCUUUAAAUAUCAUUUUUUCCUUACAUCUGUUUUGUAGUGGAGUAGAAAACGCAUUUGGUCAUUAAUAUUUUCAAAAGUUCCAAGGUAGACUUUUUUGUUUGGUUCAAAAAAUGUCUAAUGUAAACUAAUUUUCUAUUAAGUAAGAUCUCUUUACUAUGUCUUCAAAUAAAAACCGCACAACUUUAAUUUUACAAUAUUUCUAUGAUAAAUAGCUCUUCUCUGUAAAUCAAUCUCCUCUUCGUUAAUUUUGUAGUAUCUUAUUACAAAAUUUCAUGACCGUUAGUUAUUCCUUUAAGAAUAUGAAUUAUUUACAUUUAACCCAUUUGGAAAUCGACAACUAGUGUGUUAUUUCUUUUUAUGGUCAUGAUGUUAUCAAUUAAUUAAUUAAAUUUAAUUGUUGACAUUUCGUUUCAAAUGUUUAGUUUAAUUUUUAAUUUAAAUUCAAUUUAAGUACAUGAUUUAUUCAAACUUUUUGAUAGUUUUGGUUGAAUAAGAAAUAAGUCCUCAACUAUUGAAAUAUGUUGCCAUCGAUUGUCUAGAGUUUGUAACUGUACCAAAAUAGUUCAAUAUUAAUUUCUGGCUGAUGGUGGCUAAUACAGAAUUUGUGUUUAAAGAUGCAGUUUUAAUUUAUUUGCUUUAUCAAUUUCUGUUGGAGAAUAUUUCUAAAUAAACUUUAUUGUCAUAAUGUUCAAAUGUUGAAAAAAGACGAAAUUUAACGAUUUUUACAUGGUUUUUUUGAUAUACAACAAUAUAAUUAUUUGUUAUAACUAUCAUUAUUGAUUGUAAAUAAUUAUAAUCAUGGUUAUCGAUAGAAUACAUAACGACACAGUAAUAUAAUAUAUAUAGCUUACAUAAAACCUCAAUUUUAUAAAGUAUGAUAAAAUGGUAUUUUGAUGUCAUUUAUCAUAAUAUACCACCUGUAGUUACCCCAUUAGUUGGUUUGUUCGGUAAAACAAAAUCCUAUUGUAUUGAUAAAUAUAAAUACCAAUAUAAUUAUUUUUUUGAUUUUUCAUGAUUUUUUAAAUUUUUAUUAAUAAUUAGUCGGGCAAAAAACUUUGAUGUUUUUCUAUUGGAACAAUAUUCCUAGUAAAAAACAUAAGGUAAUCAUUAGGUAAUCAUAAGGUAAUUUUAAUCAUAUUAAAAUGAUUACACCGGGACUUUACAUUGCCGUAAAUACGAUUCAGUUUUAAAUUUUUGUUUUUUCCCAAUUAUUAGGAAAACUACUUUGGAUAUCGAAAAACGACUUAUUCUGUCAAUCUCAAAGUAUUAAAAGAAACAAAAGCGAUCUCUUCUUGUUUAUCUAUUGGAUCAAUAUUUAUGGUAGAAAACAAGCCGUACAAAUUUAAAAUAAUUUGAUCGUUAUGCUGAAAAAAAUAGUAUAUUUAUUUUUUUAUUUUUCAUAAUUAUUCUAGUUAUUAUAAAAAAAAUACUUUAGAUAUCAAGAAACCAUUUACUCUGUUAGUGAUUAUGUGUUGAUAGGAACAAAAUUGAUAUCUUGUUAUUUUUCAAUUUGUGUAAUAUUUCUGGUAGAAAAUAUAAACUGAGCGUGUUAAAAAAAAAUUAGCCGGGACACCAUGCUCCCGUAAAUAUUAACCAAUUUUAAUUUUUUGGUUUUUCCCAAUUAUUUGAAAAACUACUUUAGAUACUUAUUAUGGAUCUCCUAUAAAAUUUUCAAGUAUUUCUAUUAAGUCUAAGAAUUUAUUUAGUGAGUACCUACCAAAUAAAAAUUACUUAAAAAAACUCGCAAAAGUUUUGAAAGUUAUAUUACGUCUAAAAAAAGUAAAUAUAAUUUUUUUUAUCUACUUUUAAUGUCUCUACAAAUAUUUUAAACUAAGUUAAAUUUUAAAAAAACAAUAUUUAAAAUAAUAAAAUAAUUUUUUUUCCGUAAAUUUUCUCGUAUUUUUCGAUUUUACUUUAUUAUUAAAAAACCGUUUAACUUGAUAAUGAACUAGCAUAAAAAUAAAACAAAAAAGAUCAACUGUCGUUUAUCUAUUGGUGAAAUAUUUAUAGUAGAAAAUAUCAGUUAAACAUAAUAAUAACAAUGAAAAUGAUAACGCUGUUAAUAUUUGUCGUUCUACCUACAAUUUUCUUUCGAGUUUUUCCCAAUUAUUUUGAAAAUCUCUGGGAAAAUCAAUAAAUAACCUCCCCAAUACAACUACUAGAUCCAAAAUGCAACAAAAACGAUCUUUUGUCAUUUUUAAAUUGGAUCGAGAUUUUUGGUCGAUAUGUUUUCCACACUCGGAAAAUAAAAUCGCAUCUUAUUGUAAAACCAAUAGAUCCCUGGCUAUGCUUAGAAUCUAAAACACAUUAGAGAUCUAUUGUCUAAGUAUAUGAAAUAAUCGCAGAGAUCGAAGUCCAAUCAGAUUUGCUGACGAAAACUAAAAUAUCUGUUUACAGUUUUUAACUCGUAUUUAAACAAAUCAUAAAGUUUUUCUUAUGAUAUAUUAAUAUAACAAAUAAAAUAUUAUUUACAAAGAAUGAGAUAUAAAAAUACAAUGCUACUGGGAUGUAUACUGUGUAUGUAAAUGAGCUGAUACCAAAUAGUUUGAAAUAAUUGACAAAAAACAAUUUAAUAGUUAUGUUAAUGAGAAAACGUCCAUUCAAAUUUUUUUUGUAAGUUUGUUUAAUACGACAUUCAACUAGUUUGAUAAUAUUGAAUUGUUAUAAAAUAUUAAUUAUAAUUAUUUAAAAAUAUUAUUUUACUAUAAAACUAUUAUAUUGAGUUUAUGAUUAUCUGGGUCAAGGAUACUCUUAGUUUAUUUGAAGAAAGAUGAUAUGAGCUUAUAAUGUAAUAUGGUGCACUCAACAAAGAAAUACAAAAUGUAAUAUUCCUAUAGAAAAGUCGUUGCUCAUCGAUUGCAUAGGUGUCCGUUGUAUUAUGUGUAGUGUGUACACAAUAACAUAACUGUACCACGGCGGCUCCCCAUGCAUACUCAGUUCACUUUUGUGUUAUAUACGUAUAACUGUACUUUAUAAACAGUUAUAAGUUGAUAGAUUCGUCCAAAAAGUACACCUGUGGCAGAGUUAUUUUCAAAUUUAAUACACUCGUGUUUUGUUGUACUUUAUUUUAAAACAAACAAUCAGUAAUUUAAUUAUUACAAUAAGCAUGUUGGCGAAAAUAUAUUUGUUAUUAGUAGAGCUUGGAUUUUGGUGACAUUUUUUUUCAUUAAGUGCUAUACAGUUCUAACGAAAAACAAAAUUUGUUUCGUGAUAUAACCAUUUAGAAUAUGUAAUUUUUAUUUUGCAUUUUUUUUGCAUUUUUCAUGUUAAAUGCAUUUUAUUACAUAUUUAAGGUCGUUUUUACAAAUGUUACGUUAAUUUUAAGUGUUUAAACUAAUAUUUGUUUAUUUUAAAUUUGUUUAAUAUGUGUUGUAUAGGUAAUCUCAAUUAUUACCUACGGGUUUUCGAUAAAAUUAUUGUUAUCUAUCGGCGAAUCGGGAAAAUUUAAACUAUAUUAAUAAAAUAAUAUUAAAAAUAUUUUAAACUGAGUUGUCAGUGAAUUGGGAUUCAGCAAAGUGGGUAUGAAUCGAAAAAGUAAUAUAGUAUAUAAAUAAUUGUCGAUUUAUCCGAUAAGAUUAAAUAUCGAACGAAACCAAAAUUAUAAAGGUAUACAAUAGAAGCUUUAGUAGUUAAUACAACACGUACCUAUGUGAUUCUACACCGUUCUUAACUGUACAUACUGAACAAAUAAUAUUACGACUAAUAUUAAAAAUUAAUAUUAAAACUUUAAAAAUGCCAAAAAUUAAGUCAACGGUAGGAAGCCGUUUACGUAGUUUUGUGAGUGAGUGUGGUGCCGAUAUUUUUUCUANUAGUGAAUACGACACGUACCUAUAUGGUCCUACACCGAUCUUAACUGUACACAAUACUGAACAAAUAAUAUUACGACUAAUAUUAAAACUUUAAAAAUCUUAAUAAUGCCAAAAAUUAAGUCAACAGUAGGAAGCCGUUUACGUAGUUUUGUGAGUGAGUUUCGUGCCGAUAUUUUUUCUACGGCGUUAUUAUGCUUUUUUGUACAUUUUGUAAGGUUGCAGUUGCCUCCUAAAAGAAAUUUACAAUUUAACAACACAUCAGACGAGAUAAGCAUGCUCGUGGAAUUCAACGAAAACUGAAUAAAGUGAAACAAAAUAACCAAGUACUAUUAUCUAAUUUAACAAAUAAUAGUGAUCAAUCGUUAUUUAAUUUAGAGCUUUGUGAAACGUUAUUAGCAACUAAUAUUCCACUUGCUAAAUUAAAUAAAACAAAUUUUAGAAAUUUUUAGAAAAAAAUAUAAAAUUUAAAAUCCCAGACGAGUCUACAUUGCGUAAAAAUUAUGUUGAAAAAUGCUAUUUAAAUACAAUACGAAAUAUUAGACACUAUAAAGGCGAUAAAAAAAAAUUGGGUUAGUGUAGAUGAAACGACAGAUGUUGAAAGCCGUNAAAUUAAAUAACACAAGUUUUAGAAAAUUUUUAGAAAAAAAUAUAAAAUUUAAAAUUCCAGAUGAGUCUACAUUACGUAAAAAUUAUGUUGAAAAAUGCUAUUUAAAUACAAUACAAAAUAUUAGACACUAUGUAGGCGAUAAAAAAAUUUCGGUUAGUGUAAAUGAAACGACAGAUAUUGAAGGCCGAUAUGUAGUAAAUAUGGUUAUUGGUACCCUGAAAGCAGAAAAUUCAGGAAAAAUAUUUUUGUUACAUUCAGAUAUUUUGGAAAAAACAAAUCAUUCAACCAUUGCAAAAGCGUUCGAUAAAGCCAUGUUUACAUUAUGGCCUGAAGGAAUAAAACACGAUAAUGUCCUCAUUUUUGUAUUUGAUGCUGCCCCAUAUAUGGUGAAAGCAGGAAGAGCCAUUUGCAUUUUGAUUUUUCAGAAUAAAUAUACCAGGAACCGGAUACACUCACAAUGAAAAUAUGAAUAAACAAAUGAACAAACAAUAAUUAAUAAUUAAUAAUAAUAUUUAUUUUAAAUUUUUUUUUGCUCAUCUAAGUACAUUUUUUUAGUGCAUUUUUGUGUAUUUUUUAGGUCAUUAAAAUCCUAGCUUUAGUUAUUAGCAUGCGACGACUCGUGAGAAAUUUAGUCACCUAAUGGUGAAACUUUAAAUCUGUAAAUUUAAAUGCUACAAACCAACCUACAGGUAUGUUAUUUAUGAAGACUGAACAAACUUCAUACAAACUUAUUUUACGUGAAUAAAGAAUAUUCAGUGCUUAAAUUGGAAAAAUAAAAGAAGAGGAACUAUGAGAAAUGAAUCCCUUGAAAUUAUUGAUCUCAACCUAAUCCUAUGAAUAGUAAUUAAGUACUUAGUAAUUUACAAAAAAAAAAGACAUACUAGGAUAAUGGAGACGGGUGCAUCCACUGUUAUAGGUAAUUUAAUGUAUCAUAUGUGUAUAAAUGCAACAAUAAACCAUUGCUAACGAAAAAACGAUUCUAAGCGCAGUUCAGUUUAUAGUAAUCCUUUGUCAACAAUAUAUAUGUGAUAUUAUAGUAAAAUAAUUAAAUAGGCAUUAUAUAUUUUCUUUAAUAAUAUUUGUGUAAUAUUGUAUCGAUUUUUCCGUUUUCCCUAGUUUUCCCAUAUUUUUCCUCGGAUUACCACAUUUGCUAAGAAAACUUUUGGAAAAAUCGAGAAAUUACCUCCUUAAAGUACCUUUUCCCAGUCAGAUCUACUUUUAGAAAAAGUGCUAUUAUUAUAAAUCAAAGCGAAUUUCUAGAUAGAAAAGUUGUACACAGAAAAAAAUAAAUGGCCAUAAUAUUUUAAAACUAUUACCUAGAUUUUGUACUUUUUCCGACAUUUUAUCCCGGUUUUUUCCAGUUAUUAUAAAAACCUAUUUAAAAAUCACAAAAAUUAUCUCCUUAAAUCAUAAAGAUAAAAUUUCCUUUCAGAUAAUAAGCAGCACUUGAUACAUGGGAACAAGAUUUCUGGUAAAAAAAGUUUACACAACAAAACGAGGGUUCGUACACUUAAACUGCAUUUAUUUUUUUCUCUAAUUAAGUAAAAGGGGAAAAAAAGUACAAAGAAUUUUUGUUCAAACACCGAGUUUGAAUUCGAAACCCCUAGUAUGACAAUGCGUAUUCAUGACCGUUCGACUAAAACAAACUUAUAGUAAAAUAGACAAUAUAGAUUUAUUUAACAUAAAUAUGUAAUAUCUGCAUAAUAUCUAAACUUCAAAAAGCUAUAAUUUCGAAAUUUAGUCAGUCCGCUCAAUUCUGACUUUUUACCAUUCUUCUUAAAUCGGCAAUUCACAUAUGUUCGAAAAAAAAUUGAAAAAUUAAAUUUGUUCCACAUAAUUUUUUACUUAAACAAUUUUCGUCAAAAUGUAGUAUCAAAAUUCCUUUAUAAAAACAAAUACUACAUUUAAGUAAAUUUUUUCUUUUUUUUAUCACAAAAUAAGAUUUAAUGAAACUCCUGUUAAACUUUCAAGCAUUUCUGUUAAGUCUAACAAUUUUAUCACAGAGUGUCACUGAAUAAAUAUUACGCACAAAACUUGCAAAAUUAAAAUGUCUAUGAAUAGCCCAAAAAUGGCUUAAAUUUUUGGAAAUUUGAACACGUCUAGAAAAGGCAAAUAUAAGUUUUCUAAUUUCAAAUUUAAAAUCUCUACGAAUAUUUUUAAUUGAAUUAUAACAAAUAAUAAAAGCAUUAAUUUCGUACAUUUCCCGUUUUUCUUACGGUUUUAUCAUGGUUUUUUCCCAGUUAAGAAAACCGCUUGAAAAAUCAAAAAAUACCAUCUAGAUAAUAUUCCUUUUCAGAAAUGGUGCCUCGCGUAUAUAUCUAAGCAAGAUUUAUGGUCGAAUUUUAGUACACGGGAUAAAAAAUAAAAAUUAACAUCUUAGUAAAACCAAUAUAUUCUUCGCUACACUCAGGAUCUAUAAAACAGACAUGCUUCGCACGACGGAUGAGCCACUGUUGGAGGUCUGAAGGUAGGAAGGUAGGAUAAAGAGGGAAAUUUAAUUUAUAUGUACCUACACGACGAUAAAAAAUUGUUAAUGAAAAAUGAUUAGAACUGAUCAGCGAAUAUUGGUUACACGUGUUUUGUAACACUUACGAAUUUCAUCAAAAUUUAAUGUUAAAAUUCAUAUAAAAAAUAAAAAAACUAUUAUUCAUUUUUUUUUUUUUUUCAAUAUAACCUCAUAUUGAAUAUUCCAACAUUUUUGUUUGGCUUAAUAAUUUUUUCCACAUAGUAUCUACUGAAUAAAAAUUGUACCACUUUUAGAAAAAUCAAAUAUAAGUUUUCUGUCAAAAAAUUGCAAGUCUAUAAAUAUUUUGAACUGAAUUAAAACAAAAAGACGAAAUUAAAAAUAAUAAAAACUUUAUUUUUGUAAAUUAACUUAUUUAUUAGAAAACUACUUAGGCAAAUCAAAAAAUAAUAUUUUUAUUCAUUAACAAGGACCUCGGGGCAGUUCAAAAACUAAGUCCUCCAAUUAAUAUUAAUUAUAUUAAUUAAUUAUAAAAAUAUUAUCUUGAAGAAAAUUUGAAUAUAUCUACACCUAACAUUGUUUUUUCAAUGGUGAAUAUUUACUAUGGAACUUCAAAUAAUAUGAAAUCAAUAAUGGACCAUUAUUACAAGUCAUAAUCAAACAACAAUAAAUGAUUAAACAAAUGUCGAAUAAUAAAGUGAAUUUAUUACUCUCAAGAAAAAAAAUAUGUUUAAAUGUUUAAACAUUAAAAUUUCCUCUAUAUUUGUGAUAAAUUGUGUUAUCAAAAUAAUAACAUGAUAAGCUACAAAAUGACCUGUUAAGUAAUGGCGGAUAUGUGGGCUCAAAACACGAUUUAAGACAUAUCUUUAAAUCAUGCUUUAAACGUUUAUACUGUGAGUAGGAAAUCUAUCAAUCUAGUUUAUCUAAAUCUGUGAUAACCAUUGACCUAUUUUAGUAUUAUCAUUGAACAACAUACUAUUAUCUCGUUUGUUCUAUGUUCGAGGAAAAUGUUUUAUGUGAUUAUGAUAAAAAUUUCUCGUGCCCUUUAUGAACCAGGUACCUAUUUAGUAGAUUUAACUUCUUUAGUACCUAGUAAAUUUAUAGUGAUUCCCGAUUCUAUGACGAGUAAAAAAUUGCAGGACUUUAUGUCAUAUUUCAUGAAAAAAAAAAAGCUAGCAAUGAUGUUGAAUAAUGUUAGUUUUGAAAAAGACAAAUUACACUUAAACAAUGAUUGUAUUAUUUUGUUUUGUUAUGAUACGUGUUUAAUGGGAUUGUAUUAUUGUUUCUUUAGUCAAAGCCCCCCUCGUGGAUGUGAGGGAUAUUAAAAUGCUAGGGACUUUUUUUGAGUAGCUAGAGUACUUCUACUUUCUCCAGUCAAGUACUGUGUAAACCAAUACAUUUCUCACUUACUCUUAUCUAAAAAAGUUUACAAUGCAUCCAAGUUGAAAUUCUUUUUGAAAAAUGUUUAAUUUUAUCAUUUUUGUAAAAAGAGACUUUCCGGCCCAAUUGAAAUAAUUAGUAAAGGGACGGAUUUUUAAUUGUAUUUUAAACCCAGUUUUAUCAAAAUUUGAACUUAAAACACUUUUAAAAAACUUUUAAAUUAAGCCCAACUAGGACAUUUUCAGACAGAAAAAAAAAUAAUAGUAAUAAUGAUGAUGAAUAAUAAAUAUAUAAAUUAGAAAUGUAUGUAUAAAAAUAAAUAAAAGAAUGAAUGUAUCACCCGGAAGUAUUAUGAUUAAUAAUGUAAUGUAAAAAAUUUAUUAUAUGAUCGGUUUUAAAUUAAAAAUUCAUCAUUAGGUAUAUCACAGUCAACAUGUAAAACGCUAUGAAUAUAAUCAACUAACUAGAUAAAACUUGCUUACGAAAACCACCUUUUAAGUUGAUGAUCGGAAAAUGAUUUUUGGUAGAAAAGUUAUUCAGACAAAAAAAAAUAAAAACUACACAUUACUUGUUACGUUUAGAAUCUAAAAGUAGAUUCGCUUGUCUACAUCUCUCCUCAUUUCGAGCACUUAAUAUUUUAUUAAUCAUAUUAUACCUAAUUAUUAUAAAUAAAACUACUACUAUUUUUAUGAGUUACAUAAGAACAGUACCUUAGUUCUUUUAAUAGGUAUUUAAGUUUAAUGAAUAAGUUUUAACAUAAUUGCAGUAAUUUAUCUGUUCCAUUAUAAAUUAGGCCAAUCACAGAGAUUUAUAAUAAGUUGUUCUUAGUGGUAAAGAAAAUCAAAUGUUGAUAAAAAUCAUAAAAAAUAUUAUGACCCUUCAAAUCAUAUAUAAACGAACUUUGAAUUAUUUUUCUGUAAUAAUAGUUUAUCGUUUUAGAUAUGUAGAUUAAAUAACUAUGUAUCCUACCUUCUAAACUUUCUAACUAUAACAGUGUUACAUAGUGGAGCAGUAUCAGCAGUAUUUUUUGCAUAGUAUUGAAAUAUUUUUAAAAUAUGUAUGAAAAUUAAUGUUUAAUUAUGUAUACAAUGCAAUCUGUUGCAUUUACAGUAGUUUUGUUAAAAUUUAAAAAAAACAAAUAUUUUGAUGUAAAUGUUAUACUUUACAUUUUGUCAAUUACUGCAAUUUAGUUUAGGAGAGCAGAAUACAAUAAAUGCAGAUUACAAAAAAAAAAAAAAAAUGAAUUGUUAUUUACAGACUGGAACAUUAAUUUAAAAUAUAAAUUCAGGAGUAUUAAAUUGAUUAAUACUUAUUUAUUCACCUGCUUAUUUCAAUUUCAUUUGUAAAUUAACUAAAGCUAAUUAAAAGUUAAUUUUAUUAAUAAUUUUUACUAACUUUACUUAGUCUCAUUAAUUUACUUAAAUAUUAUAUUAGGUAUGAAGUGUUACUAUUUUAAUAAUCUCUAAUGGAUAUCACUGUAGAAUAUCCCAACUCUAUAUUUCUAACAUAAAUUAUUAAAUUAUUUUCCUAAAUUUUUAAUUUAAAAUUUAGAACCUGGAGUACAAUGAACAACCUAAUUAAUGGUCAAGUUCAUUAUAAUAUGAACUUAAUUCCUGUUUCAUUAGUUUAUUUUAAACUUUGAAUGGAUGUAUGAGUUUAUUCCAAAGUUUGGUUAUUUGUAAUUUUAAUAAAUACAAUAUAUUUUUUUUUUUUUAAAUUAAUUCAGUAAAAUAAUUUAGUAAAGUGUGUAUUAUUUUAUUUUAUUUUAAAUGAAAAUUUAUAAGUAUUUAAUACAAUAAAAGUAUCUAACAAGUUAGCAAAAAGUGUUAUGUAUAUCAUUAAAAAUAUUUAAUUUAAAUAUUAAAAGUAUUUUUUACAAAUAUUUCUUAGAUUUUGGAGCCAACCAAAGAAAUAAUUUUACAUGCUUUGGAUUUAAAAAUUGAAGAAGUUGAAUUAAAAGAAAAUGAUGGAUCCAUUUCUAAACCAUCUGUUACGUUAUCAGCUGAAGAAGAAACAGUUACAUUGGGAUUUGAUAAAGAAUUGAAAAUAGGCGAAGCAUUCUUGAAAUUUGUAUUUAUUGGUGAACUCAAUAAUAAAAUGAAAGGAUUUUAUCGCAGUAAAUAUGUCAGGUAAAAUAUUUUAACUAUAUACUAUCAGUAUGGCUUUGCAAUCUUUUUUUCUUUUCCAAAAAAAAUUGCAUAGUGUGACUGAAACUGGCCAUCAGGUUGAAUUUUAUAAUGCCGUUACCAUGUUGUGUACAACACAUGCACGUAGAAUGUUCCCAUGUUGGGACGAACCUAAUCUGAAAGCAGUAUUUGAUAUAUCUGUUGCCGUGUGUAACACAUCUUAUCGAGCUUUGUCAAAUAUGGUAAGAUUGAUAAUCAAUUAAUAUCAGUUGUAUAAUUUUUUUUAAAGUUCAAGUGGAGAGGAAAAAUAUUCCGCUGUUACUCAGUUUGAAGCAACUGAUGCAAGAAGGUGUUUUCCCUGUUGGGACGAGCCGGCAAUUAAGGCUGAAUUUGACAUUAUGUUAUCUGUGCCUCAAAUUAGAACGGCUCUUUCCAACAUGGUAAAGUUUUAUUGCAUUAAUACAUUUUUUUAUUUAUAUUUUUGAUACAUGAUUAGUUUUUAAUUAUGUACAGCCUGUCGUAUCUGAUACAACUUCAGAAAAUGGUGAUCGUUUAGUUAAAUUUCAAAGAACUCCAAUUAUGUCUACUUAUUUGGUAGCUGUUGUAGUAGGAGAAUUUGAUUAUGUGGAAGACAAAGAUUCUGACGGUGUUUUAGUUAGAGUCUAUACACCAGUUGGAAAAAGUGAACAAGGAAAAUUUGCUUUGGAAGUUGCCAAAUGUGCACUGCCUUAUUACAAAGAUUACUUUCAAGUAGCUUAUCCUUUACCAAAAAUGGAUUUAAUCGCUAUUGCAGAUUUUUCAUCUGGUAAGUAAUUAGGUUUUUUUUUUUUCCUCUAAAAUUAUGCACCUAGGUACCUACAGUUUUUCUUAAUUAAUUAUUUUUAGGUGCUAUGGAAAAUUGGGGUUUAGUAACAUAUAGAGAGUCAUGUCUAUUAGUUGAUCCAGCAAAUACUUCAGCUGUUCGCAAGCAAUGGAUAGCUCUUGUUGUAGGACAUGAAUUAGCUCACCAAUGGUUUGGUAAUUUAGUAACAAUGGAGUGGUGGACGCAUCUUUGGCUAAAUGAAGGGUAUGCUUCAUUUGUGGAAUUCUUGUGUGUGGAACACCUAUUUCCUGAAUAUGAUAUAUGGACACAAUUUGUGACAGAUACAUAUAUCAGAGCUCUUGAAUUAGAUGCUCUUAAUAGCAGUCACCCUAUUGAAAUACCAGUAGGCCAUCCAUCUGAAAUUGAUGAGAUAUUUGAUGAUAUAUCUUACAACAAAGGUGCUUCAGUUAUUAGAAUGUUGCACAAUUUUAUUGGAGAUCAAGUGAGUUGUAAAUUAGGUAUUUUUUUUUACAUGUUUUUUAAAAAUAUUUUUUUUUUUAGGAUUUCCGACAAGGAAUGCAUCUAUAUUUGACAAAGCAUCAAUACAACAAUACAUUUACAGAAGAUUUAUGGGCUGCUUUAGAAGAAGCCAGUAAUAAACCCGUUAAAGCAGUUAUGUCUACAUGGACAUUACAGAAAGGAUUUCCUGUUAUCACAGUUGAAAAAGAAACUCAAAAUUCUGAUGGAUCUAGAGUUCUUAGUGUGUCUCAGACUAAAUUUACUGCUAAUGGUCUAGCAGAUGGUAAAAUUACUAUUGUAAUAUUAUUUAUUUAUUUUUUAAAUAAUUUAAAAUUUUAGAUGAUGGCCUUCUAUGGAUGGUUCCAUUAACAUUUUCAACAUCCCGCAAUCCUGGAAUCGUAUGUCAUAAAGAUAUAAUGUCCGAAGCUCAAAAAGAUGUUGUUAUUCCUGCUACUGUAAUUUCACCAAAUGAAUGGAUUAAAGUAAAUCCAAGUACUGUUGGUUACUAUAGGACUCGUUAUGCACCAGAACUUCUGAAAAAAUUUGUACCAUCUAUAUCACUGAAAACGUUACCCCCUUUGGAUCGCCUUGGAUUACUUGAUGAUCUUUUUGCUCUAGUUCAAGCUGGUCUUUCAAGUACAGAUGAAGUUCUACGUCUAAUGUUGGCUAUGACAGAUGAAGACAAUUAUUCUGUAUGGUCAUCAAUGAGUAAUGUACUUGGUAAAUUGGCUAUAUUAUUGUCUAAUGUUGAAGGAGAGACAGAAAAACUUUUUAAACAUUACAAUAGAGUUCUUUUAAAAAAAAUAUCAACGAAAUUGGGAUGGACUCCUCAACUCAAUGAAAGUCACCUUGAAACAAUGUUGAGGGGCUUAGUAAUGUCCCGAUUAGUAUCUAGUGCUGAUCCUGAUAUUAUAUCUGAAGCCAAAAUAAAGUUUUCAAAUCAUUUAAAUGGCAUAGAAACCAUUGUAGCUGAUUUAAGAAGUCCUGUAUAUAAGGCAUGUUUGUCAACUGGAGAUGAAACCACUUUCAAUCAAUUAUUACAGGUUUAAAUUAUAAUAACUAUCUGUGAAAAUAAGCAAUUUUUAAUUUUGAUUAUUUUAGCUUUAUAGAGGAACAGAUUUACACGAAGAAAAAGAUAGAAUAUGCAGAGCAAUGGGUUCAUCUAAAAAUAAAGAUAUAUUAAAAAAAGUGCUUGAUUUUGCUAUGUCUGUAAGUUUUACUAUAAAAUGGUUUUCUUUUUAUUCUGUUUGAAGAUGACAUAACUUAUUUUUAAGUAAUUUUUUAUUUUAAUUAAUGUAUUUUAAUUGACUUAAAAAAAAUGUUGUUUUUAAUUUUUGUAAUUAAUAAAACUUAUAAUAAUUGCUAGAAACUUUGAAUGUUUUAUGUAAAAAAUAAAUCAUAUAAUCAAUAUUUGAUAUAUUUGAUUAUCAUGAAAUCAAACUUAAGAUAUACAAAUAUAAAAUAAUUAAAUAAUAUUAUUCUAUAUAUAUCUUACACAACUAGAAUCAAAAGCUGUAGGUAGAGUUAAAUUUGUAGUUAAAUUGUUUUUUCUGUUAAAACAAAAUAUCCUUUAGUUUCUAUUUAUUCAACCAUUUUAUAAUGAAAAAUCAAUAUAUUUUUGUACCAUUUUACAAACAUUUGUCAAUUUUUUUAUUCCACAAUACCCAUUAUUAAGAUUUGGAAUGUAUUUAAUUUAAUUUAUAUGAGAGCAAACUUAAUUUACUAGGUUUUUUAAAAUAUAUAUUUGUAUAUAAACAAAUUGUUUCCUCUUAUAAAAUGUAACCUAUAAUUUAAAAAAAAAAUGUAUAUAUUAUUGUUUUCUACAGGAUGAAGUUCGUUCACAAGAUACUGUCUUUGUAAUAAUUUCUGUGGGUGGAUCUAAAAUUGGAAGAGAUUUAGCUUGGCAGUUCAUUCAGGAUAACUGGACCAAUUUAUUUAAUCAAUACCAGGUUAAAAUAUAUUACAUUAAUAGCUUCAUUUGUAUUAAACAACUAUAUAAAUUCAAAUUUAUUUGAUAACAACUAUGUUUGACAUAUUCAAUGUGACUUUUUAGGGUGGAUUCCUAUUGACCCGUUUAGUAAAAAACACAACAGAAAACUUUGCGUCUAUUGAAAAAGCAGAAGAAGUAGAAAAUUUCUUUAAAACAAAUGGUUGUAUUGGUGCUGAAAGAACAUGUUUACAAGCUUGUGAAACCAUCCGAUUAAAUGCUUCAUGGCUUAAGAGGGAUCAUGAAAAAUUAAACAAUUUCCUUAAAGAAUUUGCCCAAAAAUGA